UCCUCUUUCGCGGGUCAGCACACAAUUUCUCCGCUAUUACCGCUCAUUCCACUUCUUCACACUACGCUAACUUUUUCCUUUCUCUCUAUUAUUCGCUUGGGUUCUAUCAUCUUCUACUUCUACGCCACGAUCAGAUUGACUUCUUUUCUUCUUCUUUCUCUUUUCUGACAUUUGAAUGUGGGUAUUACUUAUUGAAGAUGGAGGGAGAUAAAGAUGCAUAUUACGUUGUACACAAAGGGGAUGUUUUUGGAUUUUAUAGGACUGCUAAGGAGUUGCUGACUCAUCCUGGACGUUUUGAUCCUGAUGCAACGAUCUACAAAGGGUAUCACUUAUCUAAAGAAGCAGAAGAAUAUCUUGUAGCGCACGGACUUCAGAGUGCCACCUACUCUAUAAGUGCUGCCAAUGUGACCAAGGAUCUAUUUGGAAAAAUACUUCCUUGUUUCCCUUAUGAGCAACCAUCUGCUACUAGAGGAAAAAUGGCUGAAGAAUACUCGAAAGCUGAGAGACAAGAACGAGUCCUUGAGAAUACUGAAUAUACCUAUUUUCUUGAGUUUGAUGGUGCCUCAAAGGGAAAUCCUGGGCUAGCAGGUGCUGGAGCUGUUUUACGUGCUAACGAUGGAUCUACGGUCUGUAAGUUGCAAGAAGGGGUUGGGAUUGCUACAUGUAAUGUUGCUGAAUAUCGUGCUGUAAUUUUAGGACUGAAACAUGCUCUAAAGAAUGGCAUUAAACACAUUCGUGUCCAAGGAGACUCUAAGCUUGUUUGUAUGCAGGUUCAGGGUCUAUGGAAGCUCAAAAACCCAAAUAUGGCUAAAUUUUGUAAAGUGGCUAAGGAGCUCAAGGAUAAGUUUGUGUCAUUUGAGAUCAGCCAUUUCCCUAGGAAACAAAAUUCUGAUGCCGAUGCUCUAGCGAACUGCGCUAUACGUCUACAAGAUGGAGUCGUAGUAGAAGACUGCAUGCAUAAAUGAACUUCAAACACUUUCAAAUGGUAGGCAAGGAUAUCCUCUGCAUUAAGCUGCAUAGCUAUAUAGCUGUCCAGAUUGACACCCUAUUUUGUACCAUUUGAAUGUUAAAAGAUACUUUGAUUAACAUCCUUAUUUUGGUUACUAUGUUAACUAAUGCAACUUUAGAGCUGUAAAUAUAGAAAACUUGGAUAUUGGCAUGUCAAGAGUAAUUAGUCUUACUCCAGCGUGACGGUUUCUCGCCCCAGAUGGAUUCUAUGAUCUCGAGCCUUGAAAAUCUAUUUUCUCAGGUCCAAUUCCAAUUCCGAGUACUUGUGACUGGUAAUCCUUGCUCUGGGUUCAAGCUCCCUAAAAUUUCCUCUUAAAAUGGUGAAAUUGAAAAUUUUUGUUUUGCUGUAAAAGGUUGAUGUAAAUUUACUGUUUUUUACUCAUUAUUUUGUUAUAAAAUAUAAUCUCUCAAUGUAUAUACCCAUUGGAAUUA